AUGUGUUUCGUUGCAGACAAACCACAGCAGCGGGCAUUCAUCGAAUUCUUCAAAUCAUUGCAAGAAAAACCAGCUACAACAGUGCGAAUAUUUGACCGGUCGGAUUAUUACAGCUGCCAUGGUGAAGAUGCAACCUUUGUUGCAAAGCUAGUUUUCAAGUCUACGAACGUGAUAAAAAUAAUGGAGAUUGAUGAUCACCAGCUACCAUAUCUUUCGCUAAGUAAAAAUAAUUUCGAAGGGCUCAUACGAGAGCUGCUGCUUGUGCGCAACUAUCGUGUAGAGGUAUAUACAAAACCAUCGAAAAAGAAACUUGAGAACGAGUGGGUAGUCCAGUACAAAGGUUCUCCAGGGAAUCUGGCUCACUUCGAAGAUGUCUUGUUCAAUAACAACAACGAAAUGGUCAACGGAUCAGCACUGAUUGCUGUACAAGUUCGCCAAGAGUUGAAGCAACGAAUGAUUGGAUUAGGAUUCGUGGACGUGAAUGAAAGGCGGAUGGGUGUGAUUGAAUUCGUCGACGAUGAUUUCUACACUGAGCUGGAGGCUCUAGUAGUGCUGCUGAGUCCCAAAGAGUGUCUGCUUUCCAUCGUUGCGGGAGAGCAUGAACGCAUCGAACAAAUAAUGAAAAGAAAUAAUGUAAUCAUCACACCUCGAAAGGCGAAGGAAUUUAUGAUGGGUAAAGUUGAAAUCAUAGAGAGUUUGAACAAAUUGCUUCGCUUCCGAGAAGGACAGCAACAUAAUGCAAACACCAUUCCGGAGGUGUCAAAGGCUGUGGCGAUCAGUGCGCUUGCUGUGGCUGUAAAUUAUCUUGAACUUACCAGUGAAAUUGCAAAUCACGGACAAUUUCAGCUGAGUUCGCUUGAUUCUAACCGCUUCGUUCACCUGGAUGCGGCAGCAGUAUCUGCUCUAAAUCUGUUUCCCAAACCUGGCACAUCAAUUAAAUCAAGCACAUACUGCUGGCAAAGUGUGCUUGGAGUGCUUGAUCGGUGUCGUACGCCGCAAGGCCAUCGUUUGAUGGCACAGUGGAUCAAACAACCACUGCGGGAUUAUGAACUGAUUAAAGAUCGUCACGACAUUGUCGAGUAUUUUGUCAAUAAUGCGAUGGUGCGCACGGAACUCCAUGACAAUCACCUGAAGAAGUUGCCCGACAUAAUGUUCGUGCUGAAGCGGCUGUUGCGUCGAAAAGCUUCACUGCAUGAUAUUUUCCGUUUGUACCAGGUGAUACUACGUAUCCCUAGGAUGCUCCAAAUGCUGGAUAUGAAUAAUACAGGGAACGUAGCCAUGCUCAAUAACAUAUAUAACCCGAUCAAGGACAGCUUAGCUGAUCUGAAGUUGUUCAAAGCAAUGGUUGAACAAAUUAUAGACUUGGAAGCGGUCGAGCAAGGUGAAUAUCUCGUGAAAUCUGAUUUCGACAGUCAACUGCAGGAACGCCAACGAGAAAUGGAUGAAAUCCAUUCGAAAAUGAAACGCCAUCUUGCCUCGGUGGCAAAGGAUAUCGGGUUGGAGGCUGGCUCGUCUAUCAAGUUGGAAUCUGUGAGCCAGCAUGGAUAUCAUUUCCGGAUCACGCUCAAAGAUGAAACGCUGAUACGGAAGAACAAUUCUUAUCGCAUUUUGGAUGCCAUCAAGGGAGGUGUACGGUUUACAACCACUAAGCUGCAUGACUACAGCGAAUCGUUUGCCACAGUGAAAAGUGCUUAUGAAGAACAACAGCAAACAAUAGUUGCAGAGGUGAUACGUGUGGCCAUCGGUUACAUAGAACCUUGGGCGAUGCUCAAUAACCAGAUAGCGCAGCUGGAUUGCUUGGUAAGCUUUGCUGUCAGUGCUUCUACUGCACCAAUCUCCUAUGUGCGACCUAAAAUGCAAAAGGAUGGGCCAAGUGUGUUGAAACUUUCCCAAGUUCGACACCCUUGCCUGGAACUUCAGCCAGAUGUAAAUUUUAUUGCCAAUGAUGCUCUGUUCGAUGGCGAAGAUGUAUCCAUGUACAUUAUCACUGGGCCUAAUAUGGGUGGUAAAAGCACCUACAUAAGAUCGGUUGGUGUGGCAGUAUUGAUGGCGCACGUCGGUGCAUUUGUAGCGUGCGAAAGUGCAGAAAUGUCCAUCGUGGAUUGCAUCUUGGGCCGUGUCGGCGCGGAUGAUAAUUUUACGAAAGGGCUUAGCACAUUUAUGGUGGAAAUGACCGAAACUGCCGGAAUCAUACGUAAAGCAUCAGAAAAAUCUCUUGUUAUCAUUGACGAGCUCGGGCGCGGAACAUCAACGUAUGAGGGCUGCGGCAUCGCAUGGUCUAUUGCAGAGUGGUUAGCGAAAGAAAGCAAAUGUUUCACCCUCUUUGCCACACACUUCCAAGAAAUAACUGAUCUUGCCACCUACGUACCGAAUGUUAAAAACUGUCACAUGGAAGCUAUCGUCGACGGAGAGCGAAUGACAUUAUUGUACCAGGUUAAGCCAGGUGUGAUGGAGAAAAGCUUCGGAAUACAGGUCGCCAAAUUGGCCAACUUUCCUCCCGGUGUCAUUGAGCUUGCUCAAAAAUUUUACAACGAAUGCGAAGACCAUCGAGGAUCACUUAGGGAUAAAAACGAUGCUGAUGGGUUGAAGGUGCUACAAUCCUGCUUUGAUCAGAUCGACAACUUUGAUUGUGACGGUGAAACUUUUUCUUUGUCUUCGGAUGCUUUGCAAAGUCUGCGAUCUUUGUUGAAUUAAAUAUA